AUGGCGGCGAAAUUAGCUGACGGGCCGAUGGAACACGACAAAAUUGAGAAAUGAUGUGAUAGAUUUGUUUAUUUUGUAGAGUAAUCGACUUUAACGCAAAGGAGAAUGACAGAGGCCAUACAGGGAAUACUGGCUGAGGCCAGGAAAAACAGAUUUUGUACGAUAAACCCCGCAUUAUCGGACGAGGAUGUUGCCAGCGUGUGGGAUAAUGUGUCAGGAUUUAUUGAAAAGCAAAUGUCCAAUCAAAAGGGCGUCACUAUCACAGGUCUUGGAACAUUCACCUUCAUGCAAAAAAAGCUGGACAUCGGAAAUAACAAGUUUAUCCUCAUUCAGCGCCCUGUAUUCCAGAUCUCUGAAAAACUGGCUUAUAGUCAGGGCCUUCAAAGUUCAAAGUAUCACGUUCCCGGCCAGAUUCCAGUUGUGCCCCUCAACUUUGCCGCCUUAGCAUUUGAAAGCCCUUUUGACCGUGACACUGUAGAAUCUUGUGUCAAGGAAGUCUUGGGGGCAGUUUCAAGGGCAGUGGGUAAUAAGAGAAAUGUAGAGCUGACGUUUGCAGGGGUGGGGAAGCUCAGUAUAAGGGAGUCAAAAGUUAAAAUGAGGUUUUAUAAGGAAUUUAUCACACAGAUGGAUGGAAGUGGCAAGUUGAUCAGUAGCAUGCAGAACCGCCCCGGGACAAUGGACUCUGUCAUGUCAGACCGACCCUCAUCGCGUCCUCAUUCCACUAACACACUCCUUUUACCAAGACUGAAUCCAAGUCAUCCACCCAGUGCAGUUGGUCAGAGUCUAGCCCCAUUACCUGAAAUGUCAGAAGACCCACUGCCAAUGGAGAGGGAGCCUACUCCACCUACUGACCCGACCAGAGUCCUGACGGGGGGCAUGGGAGAGGGCACAGCCACACUAGAUACAUGCGUGGUUCCGCAGGAGCUUCAGUUUGACAAUAAAUCAGAUUUUGUGACUGAGGAGCCAGUAGCUGCAGAUAUUUACAAACAAAUUCAGGAAGAUCAUGCUGUUCCCGACACAGACGACCCUGCCACAGCUGCUGCCAUAGACAACAUCCUGAGAGAGCCAGUACUAGUGCAGAAGUAUGAGGUGUACAAACCCACAGAUGAUGGAGAUCUGGAGGGCAGGUUACAACUCCCCAGGUCAGAUCAUGAGUUGUAUGAAGAUACAAGAGCAAUGGAAGAUGUUCGCCAUUCCCAGUUACCAAGUCGCUCUGGCUCCCGUACAGCUAUCCCUCUGGCCCAAGCCACAGGAGUCAGUCUCACUGAGGACCUCUUUCAACACCAUGUACCAAAACCCUCUUCACGGAGUGCCCACCUGUCACGCUCUUCUCCUAACCCACUACAAAGCCCAAUUAACGGACAUGGGUCACGUCUACCAAAACCUAUAACCCCUCCAAAAUUAGAACCUCUGUCAAGGUCCAGGACUGAGCCAUUGUUGGAUGCGGGUGAGAAGACGGUGCAGUUUAAAGCCCCGUCCUCAGCGUGUGGUCAUUCCAAUGCCGGUCAGGAACUGUGUUACCUGUGUCAUCAGCGAGCACGCAGAAACAUACCUGUGUCGUUCAAGGAGGAGAUCAAGGCCCGUGAGGAGGAAGAUGACCGUUUGCUACUGCAGUAUCAGUCAAUGAAAGAUGCAGAGGAGUUUUUGAAAGAACAGGAUAAAGUGCUGGUCAGACGGCAUGACCUGCAGAAAAUGUCUGCCUUUAACCUCGGAGUAGCUGACGCUAUCAAACAGAAAAAAAAUGAAAGAGACACUGAAUUCCAUAAAUCUUACGUAUUCCAAAAGCGACCUCUUACGCCCCCUAGGUUUUUCAAACAGGAAGAGUAUUGCAGAGAUCUUGCUAAACAGGUUGAAAGCAAGGAACAGACAAAAAAGAAAUGUAGAAGUGAUGAAGAGUUUUUAGAAAGGCUGGAGCAAGUUCAGCUGGCUGAAGAUCUGGCUGCCCAGAGAGAGCAGUACUUAGUGGAGAAGUAUGAACAUCAGGAUAUGUACAGGAAAGCUCUGGAUGCCCAGAACUCUGCACGUAAGCUGUUGCGAAAACAAGAUGGCCAGGUGCUAACCCCGUACCCUGUGUCAAUCCCUAGACCCAACUGGUUUCAGCCUUUCUCAGAGGCUCAUGUGGCCCGCAUAAGGGAGAGAUUGGCCUCACAAUGCCAUGAAAGAAAGGUGUGCCAUAAACCAUUGCCAAUCCCAGCUAAAGAAGCUGACAAGGAGAUAUUUGGUAAGAACGACAUGAACAAUGAGAAGAUGGCUGAACGACGACAGUUGGCACACAGUUUGUUCAGAGAGCAACAGGACCUUGUAGCACAGAGGAAAAGAGAGGCAAUUCUCAAACGUUUGGCGGAGCAGCGAGAGGAGGAAGCUGUCCUUCAACGAACUAAGCGAGAGAUACUUGAGGACAGAGCAGACCGUUUCAAACGACGGUUCGACACACGGAAGAAACUAGAAUCUGACUGGUGUCAGGCUGCAGAAUGUAAGCGGGCGCGUGACUUAGAGGAGAAAUUGAGAGGACUUAAUCCUGGUUUAUUACUUCACGACACUGUUGACCAACACAAGAGAUGCAAACAAUGUCUGAGAAAACUGAUCAACUGUGGAGAGUCCAACAUCUGGCGAGAGAGCCGCUACAUCCCAGGAUCUCGACUCAUGGUUUAGACUUGUAAUAUCAACUGUGUUUUUUUUUUUGAUAACUGAAACUGGCUGAGAUUUUUUGGAAGAUGAGUUGGUAGACCCCUUAAUUACACCAGUUUUAUGUGAUAUUUUUAGUUCUAAUCAGUAUUAUGGUUCUUGGUAUACAAAUUUAACUUCAAGCUUCAUCCUCUAGGAUUAAGAGACUUGUCAAAGAGGAAUUAAAGAAGUAUCCAAGUCUUUGUCUCUGGCUGCUGGUAAUGAAAUGAUAUGAAAACAUAGUUAAUACGAGGUAAAGUUUAUUUUUUUGGAUAUGUCACCUUAAUGUUUAGAAGUGAGAGUUGCUGCAGGAUUAUAAUAAUUAUUUUCAUAUUAGAUAAUCUUUUUGUACACCAGUAUUGAAUUUGUCAGUAUUUGCCUGUGAAAUAGGGUAUUCAUUUUGCUGCUAUUUGUCAUUAGAGUCUGCAAAUGUUACAGUUUAAAAGAUUGGUUUAUUUUUGUACACGAGGUGUUUGCUUGUGAUCAACAAUAUUUUUUCAUUCCCAUUUUCCUCUUGUGGAAAACUAUUUUUUCUUUACAUUAGUAUGUAUUUUGAUUAUUACUGAACAAUGAACAUUGUUCAUAGAUGAUUUAUUCAAAGCAACUUCAGUAUUUGCUUGCAGGUUGGUGUUAUGUAUUAAUGUAUUAAAGUGUGACCAGUAUUUCCUAAAGAAAUGUGUGUGUUUGAACUAGAUAUCUGUAAUAUAGCCUGUAAUUUCGUGUACAAUAUCUUAGAAUUAUAUAUUGUAUAACUUUCGCUGUAUAUUCAUGUUAAUUUCAAGAACAUUGUAGCAUGCCCAUUUUUAGCCUGUAAUCUAUAUUGUUCAUAUGCACUCUAGAAUAUACAACCAAAUCACUGUUACCUGGAGAAUUAUCUGUAUC